ACUAAAGAAAGAAGAAAAAAAAAACCUUCAACAAUGUUGGUUUAUAUGAAGCUUUCCAUUUUUCUUAUUGUCAUGCUAACGUUCUCACAAUCCUACUCCGAUCUAGUCCGCUUUGAAGAUGACAACAUCAAUGAGCUCAUAACAAUGAUGAUCCGAGUUUGCAAAGGAUAUGAUGACAAACCGUCAUGUCAAAACCUCUUGUUGAAGCUCAAGACGGUAUCUUCGUCACUUUUGGAGAUGAGACGUCGUGACUUAUUGAUCUUCGUCUUGAAAAACUCCGUGUGGAGGGUCGACAUGGUUAUGAUUGGUGUGAGGAAAGACACAAAACUACUUGAGGAGAUGGAGAUGGAGAGUGAUAUGCUUGGUGUGAGGGAGGACACAAAUCGAUUUGAGGAGAUGAAUAGAUGAUGAAGUCGGCAAAAGAUAGGAUGAUCCGUUCAGUAGAGGAACUCUUGGGAGGAGGAAGCCCUAAUCUUGGAUCUUACGAAAACGUCCACACUUGGCUCAGUGGUGUUCUUACUAGCUACAUCACAUGUAUCGACGGAAUUGGUGAAGGUGUCUAUAAACGUCGGGUCAACCCAGAGCUUGAGGAACUCAUUUCUAGAGCAAGAGUAAAAAAACAUUCUAUACCGCAACUAUUGGUAAGAAUUUGUGUUCUCUUCAUGAAUAGUUUAUAGUUUCUUUUCUUUAUACCAAGCUACUACAUUCUUAACGACCACAAUUAUACUAAACAUACAAUUGCAGCUUCUAAUUGGUAAAGGAUUUAUCGGAAUAUACAUGUGCUUUCGGAACACGGCCGGACCGGCGAAGGGACCAGCUGUUGCCCUUCGUGUGAGUGGUGAUAUGUCCGUUAUUCACCGAUGUCGUAUCGAGGGAUAUCAAGAUGUGUUGUAUCCUCACAGAGAUCGCCAGUUUUACAGGGAGUGUUUUAUUACUGGCACUGUUGAUUUUAUUUGUAGAUUCGCGGCGGCAGUCUUCCAAUUGUGUAGAAUCGAAGCAAGAAAACCUGUGAGGGGGCAGGGAAACGUGAUAACCGCUCAGUCCCGCUCAAUUUUGUACCAAAAGUCAGGCUUCUCGAUCCAAAAGUGCAACAUCACUGCAAGCUCUGACCUCUAUCCUCUUAAAGCAACCAUGAAAACUUUUUUUGGUCGUCCAUGGAAGAAGUUUUCAACAGUUGCGAUUCUACAAUCUUUCAUCGACGAAUUAGUUGAUCCUGCAGGCUGGACUCCCUGGGAAGGAGAAACUGGUCUAUCAACUCUCUACUACGGAGAAUAUCAAAACAAUGGUCCAGGAGCUGUGACUAGCAAGAGGGUCAACUGGACAGGGUUUAGAGUUAUUAGUGAUCCUAAAGAGGCGGCAAAAUUCACUAUUGAUGAGCUUUUACAUGGCGAAUCGUGGCUGAAGGAUAGUGGAGUUCCCUACGAAGGAGGCCUCUAA